UGUUUUUAUUGUCUAUACAUUAAAGACUUUAAUGUUUAAUAACUCACAUCAUCACGUCUAUUCCAAAUGGAACACAAGAAGCAAAAGUAUCACAUGGCUAUUAAGAACUGCAUUCACUCCAUGUUUUAGAAUACAAAGAUUUACUGUUUUGAUUGUAAUCCAAUUUAAUCUCUCUAAUGCACCAGGAAAUAACUCGCAUAUCUUGUGAAGGAUCUUGAAGACUACUCUAUAGAUAGUUUAUGCAGUUACUAUACUUAAAAUAGUCUCCUUCGAGACGCAGACUGACUUGCUGAGCAGUCUGUAUGUACUGCCUGUGCCAUAGCUGUUGAUGAGACAAACUAUAAGGCCCACAGCUUUAAUAAGCAUUAAUCAACUUCCAAAUUUCAGGAUGCUGAUCUUUGAUCCUGACAGCAAUUUCAAUAUAUAAACAUACACAUUCAUUAAUAUUUCCAUGUGUUGGGAUGGGACCUGAAAAAAAUGAUUUACUUAUUACAUUCAUACAGGAAAAAGGAAGAGAAAAUAUCAACAAUGUUAAGCAGAAUAAAAAAACCCCAGCAAAUACAACCAUUUUAAUAACUGUGUAAGUCUAAUACAUAUUACAAUCACAGUUAAAUAUUUCCUUUCUUUGUCUCAGCCCUUAAAAGGAAGAAGGGCAGAAACGUUUAAAGUGUCACUGAAGGGCUAAUUAUCUUCUAAUGAUAUAAAUACUUCUGCUGACAAUUACAUUUAAUUAAAUUAUUAACUAGGUGUUGACUAAUUAACUAGGGCUUUGUAAGCGUGAAGCACUCUGAAUAGCUAUUAUUAUUGUACUGCUUGUAACUAAAUAUCUUUGCUAGAGCACUUGUACACAGGAUUCUGCUGCAAUCUGUGAACUGAUAUCCCAAUUACGCCAUUGCCACUCAUUGCUCAUAAAACGCACAAAGUCAUACGCAAUGUUAUUUCCCUCACAGAACUGUAAGAAAGAUAAAUGAUAUCCAAUUACUAGCUGAGAACAUGACAUCAGAUCCAGUUGUUUGAUUCCCCUAGCAGGUAAUUGCGUACAUUCCCGUGUUAGCGAACAUUUAUUUUCUCCAAUUUCUUUUAAGUCUAUAUGGAAAUUGAGACCUUCAUACAGCAAUAAUAGCAUGAAACGGAAUAUUCUGAUGGUGCUCUGUUCUGAUGAACUGCUUACGAAUCCCGAAUUGCUGAUGUCAACAGAAGAUUGAUUUGAGUAGACCAUUGGAAAGAUGUCACAUUCAAAAGAAUAUGAAGUGUUGGGAUCUCGUUUCCAAAGAAAAUACUUCAUUUGAUAUCCAGAAAACAAGUAUACAAAAACAAUUAAAAAAUAUAAUUUUAGGUCUAAGACGUAUUGGGCCUUAUUUUUACCCUCUUAACGUAAGCCUUGAGAAUAAUUCUUGGCUUCUGUUUUUCCUCAAAGGACAGCCAGGUUUUAUUCAAUUGACUAGACCUGCAUGGGAAUAAUAUUUUAGAACAUCAUCGGAAUUACAGAGUUUUCAUUGGAUAAGCUUUUUUUCAUACAUAUUGUAAGAUAUUAGCACAUUUAUCUGUAUCUGACUAUCUGUUGUAUCACCAGUACAGUAUUUGAAUUCCCUGACAAUGUUUUACUUCAACAAUUGAUUCCAAGAUGCUGUCUCCAAAUAAGUUCCGUACUUGGUUCCUAUAUAAUAUAAAAGAAUAGACUAUAUUACCAUCUAUCACCAGCGUCAGCUCAAUUAGUUCCGUUAGCCUGGGAACGACUUUGAAUAGAUUCAGGACAGAAGUAAACCACCCAUGUUUACCAUUACUCAUAUCACAUACAGUGAUGUCACAGGGUGACAGUCAUGGAGGACCAAAGCCUGCCCACAGUCACCUUCCUGCUUCAUGUAGUGCGUAUCUUGGCAAGGCCAUGGGCCUUUUCUUUUUUUCUUCUCAAUCACAGGCCAGCAAAAAAAUGCAGUCUUGGUGAUGGAACCAGAGAUUCUAAGUGCCCCCAGUGAUUCAAGAUUACAGGCAAUUAAAAAAAUGCCUAUCUUUGACAACUUGCUCAAUGAUAACUCACAUUUCCUUUAGUCAUGUCUACAUAUUUUGAGUUUUAAUUUGUCCUGCUCAAACUUCCAUCCUCUCCUUAUCAUGCCUGCUAUAUUAGAGACCCUUAUGGUAGCAGGAAUUUGCUCAUGUAGAUAGUAAUGGACAUUAAUACUGCUCUUAACCUCCUAUUUAAACAGGCUAACUACAUUGAGCUCCUUCAGCGUAAAUCAGAAACCUCAGUAAUGAAGCCUUGUACCCCCCAGGAGUUCAUAAUAAAACCCAUCUCUUCAUUUCAGUGAGAGAGUUUCACCUUACUGAUUUUAUUGAGACAGGAUUUCACUCCACAUCUUUUAAUCUAACGAGAGGUACUGGGGGUUGCAAUGCCAAAUCAAAUACACGCAGGCCAUAAUAAAUAGUAGUGAUCAGGAUUUUGCCCUUGUCUAAAUCCUUGUAGCGGGCACACAGCACAGCACACAUAGUCAGAGAGGAAGUUGUUGGGUUUUUUUUUCCCGGGAUAUAGUGGUCCUUUACUAAGGACGUGUAUAUAUAUAUAUCUAUAUGGAUGUAUGUACAUAUAUGUCUAUGGAUAUAGGGUCUCUCUGAGCAUUAUUAAAAAUAUUUUUGGGUUGGUUUCCUGUAGAUUUCAGCCAGAUUGUUUUGAAAAAUGUAGUUUUACAAAGAAAUACCAGGAUUUUUCCAGAAACCAAAAACUCACGCUGCAGAGUUUUCUUUGUUGGUAACAGCUGACAAAGACUCCUGUUUCAAAGACUACUUAUCACAGUAACUGCAGUUACAAUCUUCUGUGAAUGCUAAUAAGUAAAAGCAGAUAUCAAGUCUCUUUGGUGUGUUUCAACAAACUAAAAAAACCAAAAAACCCUUUUUCAUUCAUUUUCGUUCAAAUCAUCUCAAUGCAAUAUAAUCAAAAAGCACUUUUCCACAUGGUUAAGCAUAAAACAAAAUACAACACAAAAUCCUAUCAUACUUAAAACUGGAAAAGAAGGGAUCUUUACAUUUAGACGGCAAAGUCUCCCAGCUUCCCCACACAAAACUCUCCUAUUUUUAUGACACUCAUUGUUCCACACAAGAUGUCUUUAAUAUUGUAAUUAGCAAUAUUCUUGCUUGUAUAAUUGUGUUAGAAUGCCAUUUAAUACACGUCAAUACCUGCUCAAAAUAAGAGAACACUGUUCUUUAAGCAUAUCACACUUGUUAUCUUGCUGAAACAUGACUUCUGUUGUCACAACCUGCUAAAAACAUCAAUUUUAAGCAGAAGGGAAAAAAACGGGCAAGAAACAAAGUGGAUACUAAACUGCAAAGUCAGAUGUCCUAUCUCUUUUUUUUUUAAUGAUGAAAACAGACCUCAGUAUUUUCUGUAGACUGCUGGCAUGCAUAUUACUGAGAAAAUACAUACUAUAGAUUUAGUUUCACAUAUAUCCAUUAUAUUGAACAUAGUUUGCCUAAAACAGAGGGAAAUUAAUACUAUUUUAUAUGCCUCAAAUAGUUUAUAUAUUCUAGUGCUUUGCCUAAACUUUCAGCUGAGUCCCUCCUACCUUUCACUUCCCGUAAACCCCUGCUGGCCCUACCGCACUGGAAUACUAUUGCCAUGAAAUGUCUUAAGCAACAUGCUAAUUUGUGGAAAGACAAGUCACAAGUCUCAUUUUGCCAGUAUAGAAAGUCCUCAGUCCUAAAACAGAUACAAUACACAAACAGGUUUCUUAAUGCAGUAAAUCAUAUCUAACUGAUCUUUCCAAGAAUCUAAGAAACAGAUUUGAAGUGGUUCUCCAAAACAGGUGUUUUUCUUUUCCAGUCCUUUGACUACUAAAAACUGCCAUUGAAAAGCUGUAUCCUUAGACAGAAAUUUUUUGAGAAAGAAAUAGGCAUUGCGUUAAUCCCUGUAUUUCAUAAUCCCACAGAGAGGGAGAUGUUCACUAGGCAACACUGGUAAAACUUCUCUGGAACUUUAUUUCCUGUUGGAAAUACUACACUUGAAGAAAAAACAUGGCCUGUUCAGGGAGUCUUCAGGCGGAAUUAAAAAGAAUGUUCAGAGGAAUGAAAAAAUACCUAUGAUGGAAGAAUGGAAAAAUUAAAGUUACUUACUUCAAACAUGUCAAUUAAAAAAAAAAAAGUUAGAUGGUAAGUUCAUUAAAAAAAAAAUCCAUAACAAACUUUGCAUGAAUAAAGGGAACAAUUCUUCCUUCUCUCAUAACGUAAGAGAUGGAAGUCCACAAGUGAAAUCGAUAUGUAAAUUCAAAAUAAAAAGGAGAUAAAUUUUCCAAAGCAGGUAGGUAGUUAACCCAUGGACCCUCUUGGCACAGAUGCCAUACAUUAAACAAAAAGUUUACCUAAAAGAAUAUGUACCAGUUAUUACCAGGCUAAUCCAGUAAAAGACUUUUAAUAUUUCUAAAGGGAUCAUCUGUUCUCUAGGUUCAGUGGAUAAGACAAGAACAGAUUUGUAUUUCAUCACGCCACCCCCCCUCCCCAGUUUUAACUUCAGAAAAAAAUCUUUUUUAAAAAGUUUGAGAAUAAGAAGCACUGAGGCGGAUUGUCUGGGUAGAGAGGUCUUUAAGAGUCAGGACUGCUGCCUGGAACCUGCCCGGAAGAGCUUACGGAAGAGCUUACCGUGUUAAAUGUUCUCUGAAACAUUUCCCUAUGAGCAAGCAUCUGGUACAAUAAUGCUCAAACUGUUCAAGGAUUGUCGCAAAUUGUAGCUACUGCAUGUACAUUUAGCCAGGUAUUUGCUGUAUGUAUUAACUGGUCAUUAGUCAGGAAAAUCGUCCAAUCUUCAGUGAACAAUAAGAGCUCCAGAGUUUUGUUUGGUGUGUUCAGUGGCUAAAGAGGCAUUUAGGAAGACCCUGGCAUAGCAAACAUGUUUGGUAGAGCCACCUACCCAUCUCUAAAGAGACAGAACUAAACUACAUUUGUAUCCUUUUACUUAUAAUGUAUAAGGCAGUUUCAAUCUUUUGUUCAAUGGGCUAGAAAUCCCUCUUCCAAAUUAAAGAAUUUUUUUUUCAAGGAUUCAUGUCCUUGGAAGUUAAAAAAAAUUUUCUGUGUGUCACAAAAUAUGCUGUAAAAUUGCAGCAACCACACAGCAUUUCCUAAUUAUCGUUGCAUAGUAAUUUAGCUAGCAAAAGAAGCAAAGAAAAAAAAAAAGAAUGUAUGACAAAGUUUACAUUGUUUUUACUUGUUUGUAGUCGAGAACUUCUUUUACAUGCCCUAAAUCUUGGGCUAUAAAGCAGUACCCCAUCAAUUAGUGAAGGCUAAACAAUGCUGUAUCUAACAUGGGCAACACAAUGUUUUUUUUUUUUUUUUUUUGUAGUCCCAUCUUCUGCUAGUAGUUUUCUACUCUAAUAGGGAUGUUAAGACACAGGAAUGGCUAUGUUAACAAGUAAUGUAGUGGAUCAAUGGCCUAUCUUUAGGGUGAAACAGUGCUGAGGACCUAGCACCCACACCAUAUGCAAUUCAGGGGGUUUAAUUUCAUACUAGCUUUAAUUUGCCGUGACAGCCCAAACGCCCUUAAACAGCUAGAACGUAUUCGGUGUGUUGCUAGCUUACACUUUUCAGUUUAGUCUUAUCCAAAUGAAAUAUUCUGUUCAUAUUCUCUGUAACUGCUCGAUUAUGUGAGCCAAAUGAGCAUUUAAGCAGGUGAGAUCAGGAGACUCCACUCAAAAAGCAUGUUUGUGGUCUAAACUAAAACCCUAACAUUAGUAGCGUGUUUUCUGAUUUUGAUUCCCUUCCUGGGUCUUUGCUCUUCACUGCUAUCCUGCCUUGGGAGCAGUUUCAUGCCACUCAAACAAGGAUGGAUGAGGAAGAAAAAUGCAUCCAGCCUGUUUAUCAUUUACUCGGAUAUGAUGAAUACUAGCAACAGUAUGAACUGUUCCAAAGAUAACGUUACAGGAAGCUAAAGAGAGGAAGUGCUGUAUUAAUGAGACUAAACGCAGCUAACUGGAAGACAGAUAGCCAACGACCUUCUACACAUUAAUUUGCUGUGCCACACACUACUGUAUUUUGUUCAUAUGGUUUGUGUUUGCAGUAUCACAUUCCAGCCCAUAACAUUAUUUAGUCUUUUUGUAAGAUUAGAAGGAAGGGAAAAUAAUCCAACCAGAUCUACUAUUUGGCUCAACACCUGGGGACUGCUUAAUCAAAACACAAGGGUUCUUUUGUAGUCCUGUUCCCAAGCACGCCAGCGGUACAACCCAUGACCCACAGAUUCUCACACAGCCUGGUUCCACGCUCCCGUGGGCACACACUUGAUGCAACUCCCGGCCAGCCCCGCUCCUUUGGCUCGCCCCGAGCUUCCACAGCGCUAUUUCCUAAACAAAGAGCUUUUCAGGCAUCAAAAAGUCAAAACCUGGCUACAAGAACCAUAUCAAAUCCUAUUUCUGAUAACUAAAUUCCAUUUAAUCUAUUCAUAAUCCCUCAAGUACUGCAAAUAUUUGUCUUUGAUUAAGAAAAAACCCCCCAAACCCACGGGGUUUGGUUUAAAUCCUUUCCAGGACUCUCCCCUCGAGUGCCUGGAGAUGCACUCAUGAUCCACACCGCCCCUUCGACGGGCCCUCAAGCCCGAGGCUGCAUCAGCUCGUUCCCCAGGAAAGGCCCGAGGCAGAGCAGGCCCGAGCCACCCGCCGGCAGUCUGCGGUUCAGCCCGAGGGCUGGGCGCGCCUAGCACGACACUGGGCUCGGCCGCCGCAGACACAAGGCCGGAUGUGUGUCGAGGCGCGACGCUGCCCCAUCCCGGCUGCCAGCGGGAUGGAGCCAGCCCCGUCCCGUCGCGUCCCGUCCCACCGGUGCCCCGGGCCGCCCGCGGCCGGAACCGCAGUCCCGGGCAUCGAUGACUCGGCGGUCCAGCGCCCUGACUUCCCUUAGAAGCGCCGCCACAGCGCUAGCGCCGAACCCAUCGACGAGUCGGCGUUCGACUUCCAGCAGGGUCUCCGUGCCCGCAGCGCCAUCUUGGCGGUGGGGCGGGACGCCCCGGGGCAGCGCCGCUCAGAGCCGGGGGUGGGGUGUGGGGGGGUGGUGUGUCGGAUGACCGCCGGCUCCCCGUCCCCGCUGCCUACGCCCGCUUCGCCGGCCGCUUACCGCGGUGACCCGGCGGGGGGAGGUGGAGGAAGAUGCCGGGGAAGCUGAAGGUCAAAAUCGUGGCAGGGCGCCAUUUGCCGGUGAUGGACCGUGCCAGCGACCUGACCGACGCCUUUGUGGAGGUAAAAUUUGGAAAUACAACAUUUAAGACAGAUGUGUAUCCGAAAUCUCUUAAUCCUCAGUGGAAUUCUGAGUGGUUCAAAUUUGAAGUAGAUGAUGAAGAGCUGCAAGAUGAGCCUCUCCAGAUCACAGUUCUUGAUCAUGAUACCUACAGUGCUAAUGAUGCCAUUGGCAAAGUGUACAUAGAUAUUGAUCCUUUGCUCUACAGUGAAGCAGCUACAGUUAUUUCAGGAUGGUUUCCAAUUUAUGAUACCAUUCAUGGUAUACGUGGGGAGAUCAAUGUGGUGGUGAAAGUAGAUCUCUUCAAUGAUUUAAACAGAUUUAGGCAAUCAUCGUGUGGAGUCAAGUUUUUUUGCACUACAUCUAUUCCUAAGUGUUACAGAGCAGUAAUAAUUCAUGGAUUUGUGGAAGAACUUGUAGUUAAUGAAGACCCAGAAUACCAGUGGAUAGACCGAAUUCGUACACCAAGGGCGUCAAAUGAGGCUAGACAAAGACUUAUUUCACUCAUGUCAGGUGAAUUGCAAAGGAAGAUUGGCUUGAAGGUGCUUGAAAUGAGAGGAAAUGCUGUUGUUGGUUAUUUGCAGUGUUUUGAUUUGGAGGGAGAGUCUGGACUAGUAGUGCGAGCCAUAGGAACAGCCUGCACGUUGGAUAAAUUAAGUAACACAUCAGCAUUUUUACCUGCAUGUAACUCCCCAUCCAAAGAAAUGAAGGAGAUUCCCUUCAAUGAAGAUCCCAAUCCCAAUACUCAUUCAUCAGGACCCUCCACCCCUCUGAAAAACCAAACCUAUUCCUUUUCACCUUCCAAGUCCUACAGUCGACAGUCCUCUUCUUCUGACACAGAUUUGAGUUUGACACCCAAAACUGCACCCUCCCCGCAGGGACCUAGGAUUUUCCUGUUUCCCAGCUCCCCUACACUCUCUUGUGAUUCCCCACAUCUUAAAAAGUCCUGUCUCCUCCUCUCGGGGUCUAGCCUUAACCCUCUACACUCUAGCCAUGUCAGCCCAGUUGUUCUGAGGAAAAGUGUUUCUUUCACUGAAGAGCUGCUUCUGGCUGCUUCUGGAAUGGGCAGUGGGAGUGCUGGAAAAGAAGGGGGGCCAUUUAAAACUCUCUUAAGACAACAGACUCAGUCAGCUCUGGAACAAAGGGGAGGAUCGCCUCAUAGGUUCUGUAGAAGGCGGGAAUUUCCAUUUUUUACGUUGACGACCUUUCCACCAGGCUUUCUUGUCCACGUUGGCGGUGUUGUCAGUGCACGGUCUGUGAAACUCCUGGAUCGCAUUCACAAUCCUGCCUUUGUCGGAAUUAUGGGUAACACAAGAUCAUACAAACUGCUAGACUGGAAUAGUUUCAAUUCAGAUGAACCAGAGACACGAGAUGCAUGGUGGGCAGAAAUCAGACAAGAAAUAAAAUCCCAUGCCAAGGCAUUGGGUUGUCAUGCUGUAGUGGGCUACAGUGAAUCAACUAGCAUUUGUGAAGAGGUCUGUAUUUUGUCCGCGUCUGGCACAGCAGCUGUACUGAACCCUAGGUUUCUUCAGGAUGGCACCAUGGAAGGCUGUUUGGAACAAAGGUUGUCUUGGCAGCCUGGCUUCUUUUCCAUAGGGUCAGAGAAGGGAGAGGUUGAUUUUUUUCCUCAGAGCCAAGAUAGUUCUUCUCUAUUAGGGAUCGAAGAAGCUUCACCACCAGGUUGUGGAUUUUGCCAUAUACCAUAUGAUGAACUGAACAUGCCAUUCCCUGCUCACCUCACUUACUGUUACAACUGCAGGAAGCAAAAAGUUCCUGAUGUCCUUUUCACCACAAUUGAUCUUCCUGUAGAGGCAAUAGUUAUUGGGAAGGGAUGUCUUAUUCAAGCCAGGUUGUGCCGUCUAAAGAAGAAAGCUCAAGCUGAAGCAAAUGCGACAUCUAUCAGUAAUCUUUUGCCAUUUAUGGAAUAUGAAGUGCACACACAACUGAUGAAUAAACUUAAGCUGAGAGGAAUGAAUGCUCUGUUUGGGCUGAGAAUUCAGAUCACUGUGGGUGAAAAUAUGCUAAUGGGGUUGGCAUCUGCAACAGGUGUGUACCUAGCAGCUUUGCCAACACCUGGUGGUAUUCAGAUUGCUGGGAAGACUCCAAAUGAUGGCACCUACGAGCAGCAUAUAUCUCACAUGCAAAAGAAAAUAAAUGAUACGAUAGCAAAAAACAAGGAACUUUAUGAGAUUAAUCCUCCAGAGCUACCUGAAGAAGUCAUUGGGUCUCCCAUUCCAGAGCCAAGACAACGUUCCAGGUUAUUAAGAUCUCAGUCGGAAAGCUCUGAUGAAGUUACAGAGCUAGACCUUUCACAUGGGAAAAAGGAUGCUUUUGUCUUGGAGAUUGAUGAUACAGAUGCAAUGGAAGACGUACAUUCUUUACUGACAGAUGUUCCACCACCUUCUGGUUUUUACAGUUGCAACACAGAAAUUAUGCCUGGUAUAAAUAACUGGACACCAGAAAUUCAAAUGUUCACAGCAGUAAGAGUAUCCAGAUUAAGCAACAUUAACCUAACAAAUCAAACCCUUAAUAAGAACUUUAACGAUCUCUGUGAGAAUCUGUUGAAGAGCUUGUAUUUUAAACUACGAUCUAUGGUUCCCUGCUGCCUUUGUCAUGUAAAUUUCACAGUUGCUCUACCAGAGGAUGAAUUAGUUCAGAUUGCAGUCACAGCUGUUGCAAUUACAUUUGACAAAAACCAAGCAUUGCAAGCCAACAAAGCCCCUACAGAAAAAUCACAGCAAAGAGCAUCUACAGACAAUGAAGAGCAGCUACAAUUUCCAUUGGAACUUUGCUCUGAUCCCCUUGCUUCUCAACCAUUCUCACCAGCGAAAGAAGCCCUGGAGGGUGCAAGUUCCCACACAGGUAUUCCUGCGACUCAGAGAGCAACGUCAAUUGAUUACAGUUCCUUUGCAGACAGAUGCAACAGCUGGAUAGAGCUCAUUAAACUGAAAGCUCAGACCAUAAGGCGCGGAUCAAUUAAGACAACUGCUUCACUUGAGAAAGCAAGUCCAUUGGCUGAGGGAUACUUAAAGCACCGUUCUGUUCCAUCGUGUGCCAAUUCUACCGUCUCAGUUGUUAAGAUGACACCUCUUUCUUUUCUACCUGGGGCAAAAAUAACCAAAUAUCUUGGGAUAAUCAACAUGUUUUUUAUACGAGAAACCACUUCUUUGCGUGAGGAGGGUGGUGUCAGUGGUUUUCUCCAUGCUUUUAUUGCUGAAGUAUUUGCAAUGGUGAGAGCUCAUGUUGCAGCUUUAGGGGGGAAUGCAGUUGUCUCAUACAUAAUGAAGCAGUGUGUUUUCAUGGAAAAUCCAAACAAAAAUCAGGCUCAGUGUUUAAUAAAUGUCAGUGGCGAUGCAGUCAUCUUCGUACGUGAAUCUGAGUUAGAAAUGUUACCAGUACAACCUUCUACAGUUACUUCUCAACCCACAAGUUCUGGAGGAGAUGUCACAACGUGAAGACAAAAAAGUGAAAUAGUGUCUGCCAAAUAUAAAGAUUAUUUAAAAUGUGGGAAUGUUUAGGUUUGCAUCUUCAAAAUCAGUAUCUCCCCAUAACAUUAAUAGCCAAAAUCCAAGCCAAUCGCUAUACUUCGUCCUUUAACUUUAUGUGAUAGUCAGGGCAGCAUAUUGGCAGGUACGCUCUGAUCCCUUUGUUAGAAUUACAUGCCCCUGUGAAAUCUAGUCAGCAGGCGAAGCACUGAUAGAACGUGUGGAUUAAAAUAGUAGGCAUCGCAUGGAACUGUGAAAGGAAACAAAAAUUCUGUUGCGUUUUUCAGCUGUUCAACAGGACUGAUAAGUUGUAAUUCAGAACUGUUUCUGAGUUUGCAUAUUGUGUUAGCUGAUUCUCAGCUCGGUUUAAAAAACAAGAAGGGGUUGGGUGGGGGAUAACUGAGAAGCCUGUAUUAGCAACCCUUGCCGAAGGCACAAGAGAUUUGUGUGCAGGCUAAGAAAAUGUGGGCUGAAGUCUGAACUCUUAGAUCCUAGAGUGUGAAGAGGAAGAAGCAGCACCACCAAAAAGUCACAGUUUGAAUUUCUGCACAGUACAAACAUUUUUCAACAGCAGUUUGUGAACUGCUGAUUUACUUUUUUUUUUUUUUAAUUUCUACUAUACGGCAUAUGUUUCAAGGUUUUUUUUGCUGUUUGCUUUUGUUUUUAAAAAGGUGGCAGAUCAUGGUGCUGUGUUCCUAGUUAUCCCCAUGGUUAAAAAAAACAACCAAAAACGAACAAAAAGUUCCGAAGUUGUGUUUGGUGCUGUUAUAAGAGGUUCACUUCAAUAUUGCCAAAACAGAUUUUUUUUUUUUUUUUUUUUUUUUUUGGUGCAAGAUUCUGUGAAAGAAUUACCCUGAGGUUCAUUUUCAUAAGGCACGAUGUCUUGCAAAGGUGACAUAAACAGUCCUCCAAAAGUCAGUUAUACAGCGGUAUACUCCAGCCUCCUUUCUGUUUAACGAGUUGGAAAUGCCUGGCUAAUUAGAGAUUGAUGUAUAUUUGUGAUGCUGAUUUUUUUUUUUUUUUUUUUUUCUUCCCAGUACAGUAGCUGGGAAAUGAAGGUACCACAAAGAAAGGAAAUUUGUCAUUUCCAGUAAAUGUCUGAAAGGCAAUGAUAUUUUAGUGUAAAAAAUGCAAACUUUGAUCUGAAGAUGCAUUCUUACUUAAUUCUGACAAUACCAUAUGUGGAACUUGAACAAACGUGUAAACUUGAAUGUAAAUACUCUGCUUAGUGUUGAAAUUAAGCAAUGGCAUGAAUAUUUGUUAAAACUAAUUAUUUCAUUGUAAAUGAGCAUGAAAAUCAUUCUUGCACAAUAAAUUUCUGUAUAAAAUUUUAUGUGUUUUUAUAUGUGUAAUAGUUAAAUGUGUAUGCUGGAUACAUAUUAAAGAUGUCCCACCCCCGUU